AUGUUCUACUCACAUGCUGAUCGGAUGUACGCAGAGACAGCUGCGGAGGGCCGUGAAGGAGCUCAAAUUCCAUUGCAUUCUGAUAAUUAUCGUGGAGAACUCGUUCAAUCAGAGGCGCCUUCAUCCUCUGAGAGCGAGAGAAACAAUGAUGGAACAUGGGGAGAAAACGAGCAAGGUGGACCAGUUAAUCCCACGGCUGCUAUGCAAGACUACGACGAAUUGCGCCAGAAACUUACACAUGUGUCGAGAACUCGCUCACAAAAGAGUGUGGCUACCACUCACAAACCUUCGGCACUGAAGAAAAUGAUGACCAAUGCCAGUCGCCGCUCACGAACGACUGCUGGUGAAGAUAUAGAGGCACAUGAAGGAGAACAAAGGCUUGAAGAGGAAGAAAAGCUCGAGGAAAUAGCGGCAGAAGAUGAGGAUGAGGAUGAGUUCGUACUGGGAGACUUUCUCAAAGAUGGUCAUUUUGAGAAACGGAACACGAAAGGAAGUGCCAAGAAGGUUGGUGUGGUAUACAAGAACUUGACUGUACAGGGGGUCGGCGCAACUUCAACUUAUGUCAAGACUCUUCCUUCUGCUAUCAUGGGUACUUUCGGACCCGACUUGUACAAAUUAUUGGCGCGAUUCAUCCCUGCACUCCCAAAACCUGGAUCACAUGGCAAGACACGCGAUCUGAUCCACGAUUUUACGGGUUGUGUAAGGGAUGGAGAGAUGCUUCUUGUCUUGGGAAGACCUGGUUCUGGAUGUAGCACAUUCCUCAAAGCUAUUUCGAAUAAGAGGGAUGAUUAUGCUGGUGUCAAUGGAGAAGUAUCAUAUGGAGGUAUUUCUGCUGAGGAACAAGCAAAGCACUACCGAGGAGAAGUAAAUUAUAAUGAGGAGGAUGAUCAACACUUUCCGAGUCUUACAGUUGAACAAACUUUGGAUUUCUCACUUUUGAACAAGACGAAGAAGCACGAGAAGGGAGAUAUUCCAACGAUAAUCACUGCGCUUUUGAAGAUGUUUGGCAUUUCUCAUACGCGUCAUACUCUUGUUGGAGAUGCUUUUGUUCGAGGUGUUUCCGGUGGUGAACGCAAGCGAGUCUCUAUUGCGGAGACCCUUGCUACUAAGAGCACAGUUGUUUCUUGGGACAAUUCUACUCGUGGACUUGAUGCAUCGACUGCAUUAGACUACGCCAAUUCCCUUAGAGUGAUGACCGAUAUCAGCAACAGAACAACCCUUGUCACCCUCUACCAAGCCGGAGAGCAAAUAUAUGAGCUCAUGGACAAGGUAUUAGUGAUUGAUGAGGGACGAAUGGUUUAUUCGGGGCCAGCGGGUGAUGCCAAGAACUACUUUGAGAGAAUAGGAUAUUAUUGCCCACCAAGACAGACUACCGCAGACUUCUUGACAGCUUGCACGGAUCCUGCCGAACGCCGUUUUCAGGACGGCUUCGAAGGUCCUAUUCCCAAAGGAUCCGUUGAGCUUGAAAAAGUAUUCAGAGAAAGCGAAGAUCACAAGCUACUUCUGGAAGAUGUUGAGUCUUACGAGAGGAUGUUACAUGAAACCGACCAUGCGGAUGCACGACAAUUUAAGGCUUCCGUGGAAGAGACGAAAUCCAAGACUGUUGGUUCCCGGUCACCUUACACAGUCUCCUUCUAUCGCCAAGUCCUUGCUUGCACAAAGCGUGAAAUUGAAUUGACUCUUGGGGAUAAGACGACUUUGUACACCAAAUUCUUCAUCAUUCUCUCUAACAGUUUGAUUGUCAGCUCGUUAUUUUAUGGGCAACCAGCCAAUACACUUGGAAACUUCUCGCGGGGUGGUACUCUCUUCUUCUCCAUCCUCUUUUUGGGAUGGCUUCAAUUGUCUGAAUUAAUGAAGGCUGUUGGUGGUAGACCCAUCAUUGCCAGACACAAGGAUUAUGCUUUCUAUCGUCCCUCAGCAGUUGUAGUUGCUCGUGUCGUUCAGGAUGUCCCGCUGUUAUUGUUACAGGUUAUCCCGUUCUCUAUUGUCGUGUAUUUCCUCACCGGACUGGACGUGGAUGCUGGAAAAUACUUCAUCUAUGUGUUAUUCAUAUAUCUCACGACCCUCUGCAUCACCGCCUUAUAUCGUAUGUUCGCCGCGCUGUCGCCAUCCAUUGACGAUGCUGUUAGGUUUUCAGGUAUCGGACUCAAUCUUCUCAUCAUCUUCACCGGUUAUGUGAUUCCUAAACCACAGUUAGUAUCUAAAUAUAUCUGGUUCGGAUGGCUUUACUACGUCAAUCCUCUCUCGUACUCGUUCGAAGCUGUCAUCUCGGACGAAUUCUACAAUAAGAACAUCCCUUGUGCCCCGGAGCAAAUUGUUCCCAGUGGUCCAGGGUAUACAAAUUCCGAAUUCCAGGGCUGCGCUUCUACUGGCGCUGAGGUCGGAAGCUUGAGUGUAUCAGGAUCUAGAUAUCUUGAGGAAAGUUUCAAUUACACAAGGACGCAUCUCUGGAGAAAUUUUGGUGUUCUUAUCGCUUGGACUGUUCUCUAUAUCCUCGUUACUGCUAUUGCCGCUGAGGUAUUUGACUUCACGGCCGGUGGUGGUGGUGCACUGGAAUUUAAGCGUUCUAAGGCUGCAAAAAAUAAGGUCAAGGCGGAAAAUGCUACGCCUGAUGAAGAAAACUCACCGGCUUCAGCAAGCCCAGUUCCUGCAAGUGGCGCCUCUUCCAACACCCUGGAGCCAUCUCAAGAAGAAGCACUCAAAGACAUCUCUGGUUCAGAAAGUGUGUUUACAUGGGAGAACGUCGAGUAUACUGUACCAUAUCUUGGUGGCGAACGCAAGCUUCUCAACAAAGUCAAUGGCUAUGCAAAACCUGGACUUAUGGUGGCACUGAUGGGAGCUAGUGGAGCAGGAAAAACUACGCUUUUGAAUACACUUUCUCAACGUCAAAAGACCGGUGUGGUGACGGGUGAUAUGUUGGUCGAUGGACGACCAUUGGGCACUGAAUUUCAAAGAGGUACCGGAUUUUGUGAACAAAUGGAUCUUCAUGACGGCACGGCUACCAUUCGAGAAGCCCUCGAGUUCUCUGCUAUUCUUCGACAAGAACAUACAGUUCCAAGAGCUGAGAAGAUUGAAUACGUGGACAAGAUCAUUGAUCUUCUCGAACUAGGAGACAUGCAAGAUGCUUUAGUCAGAUCUCUGGGUGUGGAACAGAGAAAGAGAGUUACGAUCGGUGUUGAACUAGCAGCAAAGCCUAAUCUCCUACUCUUUUUGGACGAGCCUACUUCUGGACUCGACUCGCAAUCUGCCUAUUCCAUUGUUCGUUUCCUGAAGAAACUUUCCGCCGCUGGUCAAGCUAUCGUUUGUACUAUCCACCAACCAUCUUCAGUCCUCAUUCAAGAAUUCGAUAUGAUCCUAGCCUUAAACCCAGGCGGCAACACGUUCUACUUCGGGCCUGUCGGUGAAAAUGGUUCCGCAGUGGUGAAGUACUUUGCCGAUCGUGGUGUACACUGUCCCCCGCAAAAGAACGUCGCAGAGUUCAUCCUCGAGACUGCCGCCAAGGGUGGAAAGCGCCCAGAUGGCAAACGACUCAACUGGAACGAAGAAUGGCUCAAGUCGGACGAAAAUAAGCUUGUUAUGCAGGAGAUCGAGCGCAUCAAAUCCGAGCGUGGUCAAGUCGCUGCUCCAGAAGCUAAGUCCCAACGGGAAUUUGCUUCUCCGGUUACACUUCAAACAACCGAAUUGACUAAACGUCUCUUUACCCAAUAUUGGCGCGAUCCGUCGUAUCUCUAUGGAAAACUCUUCACAUCUGUCAUUAUUGGUAUCUUCAACGGCUUCACAUUUUGGCAAUUGGGUUACAGCAUCGUCGACAUGCAGAACCGAAUGUUCACUUCAUUCUUGAUUAUCCUCAUCCCACCCACCAUCGUCAAUGCUGUCGUGCCUAAGUUCUAUCAGAAUCGCGCCCUUUGGGAAGCUCGAGAACUCCCUUCCAGAAUCUAUGGUUGGGUCGCCUUCUGUACUGCUAAUAUUGUCGCCGAAAUACCCAUUGCCAUUGUUGGGGCGGCGAUUUAUUGGGUUUUAUGGUACUGGCCUACUGGUCUUCCUACCGACUCUUCCACUUCGGGUUAUGUCUUUCUCAUGACUCUGCUUUUCUUCCUCUUCCAAGCUUCGUGGGGUCAAUGGAUUUGUGCCUUCGCCCCCUCUUUCACUGUCAUCUCUAACGUCCUUCCCUUCUUUUUCGUCAUGUUCGGUCUCUUCAACGGUGUUGUCCGUCCUUACUCCCAGAUUUCCGUCUUCUGGCGCUACUGGCUCUACUAUCUCAAUCCAGCCACUUAUUGGAUCGGCGGCGUAAUCUCUGCUACCCUCUCUAAUGUUCCAGUCGAAUGCGCUUCAAACGAAGCUGCCUACUUCAACCCUCCGUCCGGUCAAUCUUGUUCUUCAUAUGCUGGCAACUUUCUUACCUCUGCCGGUCAAGGAUAUCUGACAAAUCCUGAUGCUACAACAAAUUGUGGAUAUUGUCCAUAUGCGAGUGGAGAAGAGUACAUGAGGACGUUGAAUAUCAGUCCGAGUGAUAAAUGGAGAUACUUUGGGAUUUUCCUGGGGUUCUGUAUCAGUAAUUGGGCGUUGGUUUAUUUCUUCAUUUACACAGUAAGGAUUCGAGGGUGGACUUUUGGGUUUUCGACUUUGUUUGGAGGUUUGGGGAAGAUGAUUGGGAAGGUUAAGAGUGUGUUUAAGGGAAAGGGAAAGAAGAGUGCGAGUGGUUCCGAAUAA